UGCCGAGCCGCCUUUGACUCGGCCCCUCGUCCCCACCCCACCCCACCGGCCGAUCGCAGCGUUUUCUCCCACACAGCGCCGGCCCCCUCUCAUCCCCUUUAUCCUCCUCUUACCUUCCGGCCAUCUCCGGCGGGAUCCCCCAACCGGAAAAAGAACACGGUCAUUUUCUGCUAGUGGUAUCAAGUGAGGAAAAUGCCAGGUGGCGGUUUCAGAGUUCUGCAUCUUGUUAGACCUUUCCUUUCAUUUUUGCCGGAGGUUCAAAGUGCUGAAAGGAAGAUUCCAUUCAGGGAGAAGGUCAUAUAUACAGUUAUCUCUCUCUUUAUAUUUCUGGUGUGCAGCCAACUCCCACUUUAUGGCAUACAUUCCACAACCGGCGCAGAUCCAUUUUAUUGGAUGCGUGUGAUUUUGGCGUCAAACCGUGGGACUGUCAUGGAAUUGGGUAUCACUCCAAUUGUAACUUCUGGUUUGGUCAUGCAAUUAUUGGCUGGAUCAAAGAUAAUUGAAGUUGAUAACAGUGUACGUGAAGAUCGUGCUCUUCUGAAUGGAGCACAAAAGUUGCUUGGGAUUUUAAUCGCAAUUGGAGAAGCAGUUGCAUAUGUUCUUUCUGGGAUGUAUGGUAAUGUCAGCCAGCUUGGAGCAGGGAAUGCAAUUCUAAUAAUUCUUCAACUAUUCUUUGCUGGUAUCAUUGUGAUAUGUUUGGAUGAGCUUCUACAGAAAGGAUAUGGUCUUGGAUCUGGCAUUUCCUUGUUCAUCGCAACCAAUAUUUGUGAAAAUAUCAUUUGGAAGGCAUUCAGCCCCACAACUAUCAAUAGUGGCAGAGGGGCAGAGUUUGAGGGUGCUGUUAUUGCACUGUUCCAUUUGUUGAUAACUAGAACAGACAAGGUCCGAGCACUUCGUGAGGCAUUUUAUCGUCAGAAUCUUCCUAACGUGACAAAUUUGCUCGCAACAGUUUUGGUUUUCCUUAUUGUCAUAUAUUUUCAAGGCUUUCGUGUGGUGCUGCCAGUGAGAUCUAAAAAUGCCCGUGGGCAACAAGGCUCCUAUCCAAUCAAGCUUUUCUACACGUCGAAUAUGCCUAUUAUUUUGCAGUCUGCCCUUGUUUCAAACCUUUACUUCAUUUCUCAGUUGCUGUACAGGAGAUACAGCGGGAAUUUUCUAGUAAAUUUGCUUGGGAAGUGGAAAGAGUCUGAAUAUUCAGGUGGUCAGUUUAUUCCAGUUGGUGGCCUGGCAUACUAUAUUACAGCACCAUCCGGCUUGGCAGACAUGGCAGCCAACCCGUUUCAUGCUCUUUUUUAUAUUAUUUUCAUGCUAUCAGCAUGUGCAUUGUUCUCAAAGACUUGGAUAGAGGUGUCUGGCUCUUCAGCAAGGGAUGUGGCUAAGCAGCUGAAGGAACAACAAAUGGUGAUGCCUGGUCAUAGGGAGUCCAAUCUUCAAAAGGAAUUGAACAGAUACAUACCCACAGCUGCUGCCUUUGGUGGUAUGUGCAUUGGUGCUCUGACGGUGUUGGCAGACUUCAUGGGUGCCAUUGGUUCUGGUACAGGGAUCUUGCUUGCAGUGACUAUCAUUUACCAGUAUUUUGAAACCUUUGAGAAAGAGAGAGCCAGUGAACUUGGCUUCUUUGGAUUCUGAAAACGCUAAUGGUUCAGGAGAACAGGGAGGUGGCUAAGGCUCCCAGCAGUUUUGGUGAACUGUGGGUUAUGUAGAAUAGGUUCCUCUAGCACAAUGUAGCAUAUCUUUCAUUUGGCUUACUUUGCCUUCCCGUGAAAAGAGAAGGUCUGGAAGCAACACGCCACGAUCCACGAUCUGUCUCCUUUCUCCAGCCAAAUCAAGAUUGAAAUUCUUUGUUUCCUACCGCUCGCUAAUCAUGAACAAUUUUUGUUUUUAUAAUUUUUAGUGUUGGCAGUUUGAAGGGAUCUGUUUCCUUGUUUUGGUGAAAUUAAUUCUGUUCUGUAGGAUUGCUGAUGAAUGAAAUUUGAGAUAUGUUUUGUAGAAGGUAA